AUGCAGUCUCGAUCAAGUAAGCAUCAGGAGCACAGUGGGCUUGCUGUUUCUUCAACGGCAACAUCACCAGCACCACCACAGUUUGCUGUGCAGCCGGAAGCCCAACCUUCUGAAGCUCAUGUGCCUGAGCCAAUGCAAGCCCUUGAGAGUGAAGAUACAGAAAUGGUUAGUGAACUGAACUCAGAUGGCAAAGAUGAGGCCACAGGGAAGAUGGUAGAUGUAGAAGUUGUGAAUAAAAGAGCUAAAUGCAGAUAUUGUCCUAAAUCUAAACUUGGUCUUGGAGAUUAUGCAUGUGAUAGUGGAAAAAAUGGGACUUCGGGAAUGAUAAGCCAUAUUAGAAAAUAUUGCAAAUACUACCCACCUAACCAAGAUAAAACACAAAAGAUAAUCACUGGUGAUAGAAGUCAGAGUAACAAAAUGGUUGCUAGGGGGUUUUUGCAAAGUGAUGUUAUGGAUGCAUGUGUUGAAAUGAUUGUGAUUGAUGAGCUGCCAUUUUCUUUUGUAGAAAAGAAAGGUUUUAAGAAGUUUUGUAGUGUUGCUUGUCCAAUGUUUGAAGUGCCUAGUAGGAGAAAAACAGUGAGGCAAUUUCUUAAAAUGUAUGAUGCACAAAAACAGCAGUUGAAGAAUGAUUUAAGUGCACAUAGGAUCAACCUCACGACUGACACUUGGACAAGUGUCCAAAACACCAAUUACAUGGUGCUUACUGCACACUUCAUAGAUUGUGAUUGGAAAAUUCACAAAAGGGUUUUAAACUUUUGUGUUAUUCCUAAUCACCAAGGCAACACCAUAGGAGACCUCAUUGAGAGUUGUUUAUUACAAUGGGGUAUAGAGAAGGUUUUAACCAUUACUGUGGACAAUGCCUCUGCAAAUAAAGUGGCAAUUGAUUGGGUGAGAUAUAAAAUGAACAAAUGGAACAAUUCACAGGCUGUUUUGGGUGGGAAAUACUUACAUAUGAGAUGUUGUGCUCACAUCACUAAUUUAAUUGUGUCUAGUGGGUUGAGGAAGCUGCAAAAAUUUGUUAUGGCAAUUAGGAAUGCUGUGAGGUAUGUUCGGUCAUCUCCACAGAGAUUGGAUUAUUUUAAAACCUCUAUUGAGAAGGAAAAACUGACCUGCAAAGGUCUUGUAUGCAUGGAUGUCCCCACAAGAUGGAAUUCAACAUACAUGAUGUUGGAUGCAGCCUUGAAAUUUAAGAAGGCUUUUACUAGAAUGGCAGAGGAUUUGAACAGCCCAUUCAUGGCUUAUUUCAAAGAGGCAGAUGAGGUAGUUGAUGAGGAUGGUGUAGUUCAGACUAAUAGUAGGCAGUGUCGGGUUGGACCACCAACUGAUGUAGAUUGGGACAAUGCAACAGUGUUUGUGAGGUUUUUGAAGGUGUUUUAUGAGGUGACCUUAAAGGUGAGUGCAUCUUUGCACCCCACAAUUCAUAAAACAUUUCACGCAGUUAUUUCCAUGGAAAAGGAGAUUGACAAGUUGUUUGUGGCACCUGAAUUUGCUACUGGUUCAGAUGCAGAGAAAGUGUUGACUGACAUGGCUGGAGCUAUGAGAACAAAAUACAAUAAGUAUUUUGUUAAAUAUCAAGAUUUGAACAUGUUAGUGUUGAUUGCACUUGUUUUGGAUCCAAGGUUCAAGUUGAGGCAUAUCACCCAUCUCUUUAAAAAGGAAAAUUUUGAUGAGGAUGAUGUGCAAAUAAAGACAAGAGAAGUGAAAAGUGUGUUAAUGGCUCUCUAUGAUGAGUAUGUACCAAAGGUAGAUGGUGGCAUUCACAUGAGACAAAAUUCUUCCACAGAAAAUAUAGGAUCUGCAAGUGGUAGUAAUAAUAUUGGAGAAAGUGUUGGUGAUGAUUUUCUAGAUGAUUUGAUUAGGGAGGUGGAAGAGAGUGAUGAGACUGUGGUGUCACAUGAAGUUGAUUCUUACUUGACAGAUCCUUUGGCAUUUGUUUCCAAAGAUGUUUUUUUUGACAUAUUGAUGUGGUGGAAACUCAAUGGACCCAAGUAUCCUGUCUUAGCAGCAAUUGCGAAGGAUGUCCUUUCAAUUCAACCUUCCACAGUGGCAUCUGAGAGUUGUUUUAGCACUGGUGGCAGAGUCAUAGAUGCAUUUAGGAGUUCAUUAACUCCUAGAUCAGUGGAGGCUUUGAUAUGCAUGCAAAAUUGGUUGAAAGGGGAUGAAAUUUCAAGCUUAGAAGAUACACCUUCGAUUGAAGAAUUUGAAUUUUAUGAAACCAUUGAAUCAGAAUAUGCAAAUGAUGGGGAUACUUGA